UAAUGCUAAACAGCAAAAACUCUGAGCAAAAAGGAAAGAGGUUUAAGUGACUCUGGUCAUUUUGCCAAUGCCAAAUAAAAAUAUAACAGUUUUACAGAAAUUUCUUUGCCUGCAAAAUCAACAUAGUACAAUAAAGUGCCCAUGGAAUAAAAUAAAAUUGCACAUUGUCAUUUUAAUUUUAUUAAACAUGGCUUGGAGAAGUCACGGCGUCAACAAUGCCGAUAUGAUUCGAAACCUUAGAGUCAAUGGAAUUAUAAAGUCUGAUACAGUUGCGAAUGCCAUGGUGGCGGUAGAUCGGAAAUAUUACUGCCCGCACGCUCCUUACCACGACUCUCCACAGUCCAUUGGAUAUUCAGCUACAAUUAGUGCACCACAUAUGCAUGCGCAUGCAUUGGAAAGAUUACGAAAUCAACUUUUACCAGGAGAAAAGGCGUUGGAUGUUGGUUCAGGAUCCGGAUAUCUCACUGCUUGCAUGGCAUUUAUGCUUGGAGAAACAGGAAAAGUGAUUGGCAUUGAUCAUAUUCCUGAAUUAGUAUCAUUAGCAACUAAAAAUAUUGAACGUGAUCAUCCUGAAUUACUUACAUCUGAAAGAGUUAAACUUGUUGUUGGUGAUGGUCGUCUGGGAUAUCCCUCUGAAGCUCCAUAUAGUGCAAUUCAUGUUGGUGCAGCUGCCCCUACGUUACCACAAGCUUUGGUUGAGCAAUUGAAACCUGGAGGUCGACUCAUUGUUCCCGUUGGCCCAGAAGGAGGUGAACAACAUCUUACUCAGGUAGAUAAAGCACUCGACGGAACCACGACUGUAAAAAAACUCAUGAGCGUUAUUUAUGUGCCUCUUACCGAUAAGAACCACCAAUAUCGUGAGUGACCCUAUAUUACGUUAAUGUUGAUUGUUUCAACAAUAGCAGUUGUUAUGACUAUUACCUACUUUGCUUCCUAAAUGAUCCCUGUGAUGACACUAUUUGUCUUAACUUUUUGACCGCCACGCCUCAAAUCCAUUCCCGUGCCCUGUACGCCAAGGCAUAAAAUAAACAAAAAUACUUACGAAAAAAAUAGUGUUGCCAAGAGUCGUUAUCGAGUACCACACAGUGACUUGUUUUUGUUGGUUUUUAUGCAAUUAAAUUACUACUUAAAUAAUCUA